UCAGUGCAACGGAGGCUGCGCUUGCGCAUGCUUAUCGCUAUGCAUAUUCGGUUACAACUUUCUAAAUUCAAACAUUUUUCAAAUAUUUCAAUCUAAUACAAAUAAAUACAGCGUGAUACUACAGAAACAGUGUUUUCAAGUGUUUAAACGUUUUUAAAAGUGUCUAAUCAAAUAGAGCUUGUGUCUACGAUUGGUAUCAUUUUUUUGGUCUACUUGUCCGAGUGUAACAAUCGAGUUCCAAACCAAGAAAUGGGUUUAUAAUUGGUCUAAAUCAAAGGUUGGGAUGAUACAAAGAAAAUAAUGUAGCUGAAGAACAUGUCGCAGCGCGACUUCUCCGAGGUCGAGCCAACAGGCUCUGCAUCUCUGGGUGCUGCAUCCAGGGCGCUGUUUGUAGAAAAGGUCAGAGCAUCAAAUGCUGCUUGUCAGGCUGGCGACUUCUCUACGGCAGUUGCUUUGUACACCGACGCCUUAACUUUGGAUCCUGCUAACCAUAUAUUAUAUAGUAAUAGGUCAGCAGCAAGACUAAAGCAGGGUCAAUUUGCAGCAGCUCUACAAGAUGCCACCCGCGCGAGAGAACUCUGUCCCAAUUGGCCGAAAGCCUAUUAUAGACAGGGGGUGGCUCUCCAAUGUCUGGGGCGCCAUGGCGAGGCUUUGGCCGCCUUCAGUUCAGGGCUUGGCGUGGAACCGUCAUCACGACAGCUACUGGCGGCUCUCGUUGAAGCCUCCCUCAAGUCACCUUUACGGACUACACUGGAACCAACCUUCAGACAGUUGGAAGCUAUGAAGUUGGAUCAGUCACCCUUUGUUUUAAUAUCGGUUGUGGGCCAAGAGUUGCUGGCUGCGGGACAGUAUCAAGCAGCAGUCACGGUGCUGGAAGCGGCUCUAAGGAUCGGAUCAUGCUCAUUGAAACUAAGGGGUUCAGUGUUCAGCGCAUUAUCAUCAGCUCAUUGGGCGUUGAGCAAACUCGACGCGGCCAUCAACUACAUGCAACAAGACCUCGCCGUGGCCAAGUCGCUCGGGGACACGGCGGGCGAGUGCAGGGCGCACGGCAACCUCGGCGCCGCGUACUUCAGCCAAGGGUCGUAUAAAGAUGCGCUAACUGCGCAUAGAUACCAACUCGUGCUGGCUAUGAAGUGUAAGGACACCCAGGCCGCGGCCGCCGCCCUGACCUCCCUGGGGCACGUCUACACCGCUAUCGGCGACUAUCCCAACGCGCUGGCGAGCCACAAACAAUGCGUACAGCUAGUUAAACAAAUGGGCGAUAGAUUACAAGAGGCAAGGGAGAUAGGGAAUGUCGGCGCUGUUUACUUGGCUAUGGGAGAAUUUGAUUCAGCCGUGGAUUGUCAUACGCAGCACUUGCGGCUCGCGAGGCGGCUCGGCGAUCAGGUUGAAGAAGCCCGAGCAUAUUCAAAUCUUGGUUCCUCGUAUCAUUAUAGAAGAAACUUUUCUCAAGCUAUCGCUUAUCAUGAAAACGUGCUUAGAAUAGCCCAAAAUUUAGGAGAUAGAGCUAUCGAAGCGAGAGCCUAUGCGGGUCUGGGUCAUGCUGCAAGAUGUGCAGGAGACUAUGCUCAAGCUAAGAAAUGGCAUGAAAGACAACUGGACGUAGCUCUCGCUGCAAGAGACAAGGUUGGCGAAGGCCGUGCCUGUUCAAAUCUAGGCAUUGUAUACCAGUUGCUAGGGGAACAUGACGCAGCGCUAAAAUUGCAUCAAGCUCAUUUGUCUAUAGCCAGACAAUUACAGGAUAAAGCUGGUAUGGGUCGGGCAUAUGGCAACAUUGGUAACGCGUAUUCUUCAGCGGGGUUCUACGAACAAGCGAUCAAGUAUCACAAGCAAGAACUCACGAUAUCUAAAGAGGUGCACGACAGGAGCUCAGAAGCAUCGACUCAUGGCAACUUGGCCGUUGCGUAUCAGGCACUUGGCGCUCAUGAUAUGGCGCUGUUUCAUUAUAGAGCUCAUUUAGGCAUAGCUCGAGAACUGAAAGACGCAGCAGGUGAAGCGUGUGCCCUGCUCAACUUAGGCAACUGUUUAUCGUCGAGGGGCGAGUUCGCUCAGGCGGUCCCCUACUACGAGCAGCAUCUCAUGCUGUCGCAGGAACUCGGUGACGUCACCGCGGAGGCUAAGGCUUGCCACUUCUUGGGAUAUGCGCAUUACUGUUUGGGGAAUUAUAGAGAGGCUGUAAGAUACUACGAUCAAGACCUAUCACUUGCCAAAGAUUUACAAGAUAAAAUGAAUAUGGGUAGGGCUUAUUGUAACUUAGGGCUUGCACAUCUAGCCUUAGGUAAUUUGGAAACAGCCCUCGAGUGUCAAAAAUACUUCCUAGCCAUAGCUCAUAUGACGCAACAUUUGCAAGGAAAGUUCAGAGCUCUAGGCAACAUUGGAGAUGUUCUGAUAAAAAUGGGAGAUGUUGAAGAGGCGGUUAAAAUGUACCAGCGGCAACUUGGAUUUGCGAGACAGGCACGAGAUCGUUCACUGGAAGCAGCGGCGUGCGGCGCUCUGGGCCUCGCUAGGAGGUUGCAGCGGCGACUCGAUGCUGCCUUGGGACAUCAUACUCAGGAACUUACUCUCCGCCAGGAAGCGGGCGAUGCAGCCGGAGAGGCCAGAGCUCAUUCUCACUUAGGCGCAGUACAUAUGGCCCUAGGACAUUACUCACACGCAGCCAGAUGUUACAGGGAGCAACUAGAAAGAGCACAAGAGUUGCAAGACUGCGCGUUAGAAGCGCAAGCAUACGGCAACUUGGGCAUAGCUAAGCUGAACAUGGGACACUAUGAGGAUGCUAUUGGUUACUUAGAACAGCAAUUAGCAAUCCUCGAACGAGUGAACACACCGACCUGCCAACUGGACAAAGCCCGAGCUCUCGGCUCGUUGGGAGACUGCUAUGACGCUCUCGGUGAUCCAGAUGAAGCUGUGAAGUAUCACGAGCAGCAUCUCGCGGCUGCACUUAAGCUGAACAACGCGCGGGAACAGGAGAGAGCGUACAGAGGACUUGGGUUGAGUCACAAGUCCGUCGGCAACCUUCAGCAAGCACUAGUAUGUCUAGAGAAGCGACUAGUCGUGUCACACGAGCUGGGAAUACCGGAAGCAAAGGCCCAAGCUUACGGAGAGCUCGGCGCUUUGCACAUCGCACUAAAUAACUUGGAGCAAGCUGUAUCGUGCUUGGAACACCAGAAGAACAUUGCAAAGGAGCUAAACAAUCAAAUAAUGGAAGCGGAAGCGUGCCACUCGCUGGGCGUGGCGCACCAGGCGCUGGGCGAGCACGCCGCCGCCAUCAGACACCACCGGACUGAGCUCGAACUCGCACACCGGCUGGGACUUACUCAUUUACAAGCUCGUGCAUGUGGCGGUCUGGGAGCAGCUCACGCAGCAACGGGAGCGCACGCGGAAGCCGCUCGCUGGCACGAAUCUCGGCUUAGACAUGCUACUGCUUCUGGUGACGCUCGCGGGCGAGCCCACGCGCUGGCGGACCUCGGGCGCGCGCACCUCGCGAUGGGCGCGUGCGGCAGCGCCGUGUCCUACCUGCGGCAGGCGCUCGCCGCCACUGAGGGGCUGGCUGAUGCCGAUGAAGAGGCUAGAGUACGUCACAGACUCGGUUUUGCACUUUGGGCAUCUGGAGAGCUGGAGGAAGCAAAGGAGCAGCUGCAAGCCGCGCUCACUGUACUGGAGAACGGGAACGAGAAGCACAGGGACAGGAAAGUGAUUGCGCUGUACACGUCCACGCAACACGCGCUGCAGAGAGUUCUAGUUGAAUUGGGCCGUCAUCCCGAAGCCCUGGUGGUAGCGGAGCGGGGCCGAUGCCGUUCAUUCGAUGCUCUUGAGAAGACUUCAUCAGCGCACAAUCAAAAUAAUGUGGACAUGCAUAAUGAUCAGAGAAAUGUAGCGGAGGAUUCGACCAAAGAGGUCCCAGACCAAUGGAACCCGAGCACUGUGGACCACAUACUAGAAGUUGUGAACAAACAGAAGGCACCCAUAUUGUACUACAGCUUGGCUGCUGGAAGACUAUACUCAUGGCUAUUGCAACCACAUAAAGGUAUCGUGCGUUUCAACCAAGUCUCAUUGAUGGAACAAUCAGAAGACGGCGACAACAGUUUACCGGAUAUAAGUCCAGAUGAUCUACAGGCGAAUAUGAACAGCGGCAAGCUGGAGCGGUGCAUCAGCGAGUGGUCGCGCUGGGUGCGCGGCGCGGCCGAGCGCGGCGACGACGACAGGACUGACGACCGACCCAAUACUGGGCUCGCUAGGAUUGUUAAUCGCAACCAUCUGUUGAAUUCGUCGAACUACUCCUUGAGUUCCUUAUUCAGCGUGGGUUCGGUUGGCGGCUCCGUGGCUGGUUCCGUUGCCAGUUUACAAGGAUCUACAAGAUCUAGCGUACACGGUCCACGAAAAAAGCAACCAUCAUGGCAGGGGCCGCCUUGCCUCACGACUUUGUAUCAAAUGCUACUCGCGCCUUUUGAAGAUCUUUUACCAGCAUCGUGUAAUAAUAAUCACGGGUCCGGCGGCGGCGGGCGCGGGUGCGGCGGGCGGCGCGAGGUGGCGCUGUGCGUGGAGGGCGCGCUGUUCGCGUGCCCGUGGGGCGCGCUGCGCGGCGCCGACGGCGAGCCGCUGUGCGAGCGGUACGCGCUGCGCGCCGCGCCCGCGCUGCGCCACCUGCGCCACGCGCGCCACGCGCACGCGCCCGCGCGACCCAACAGCGAGCACGGAGCAAACAGCGAGUCAGGAAUGCGUUGCCUGGUGGUGGGCGGGCCGCGCGUGGGCGGCGCCCGCUGGGCCGCGCACCCCGCGCUGCUCAAGGAGGCUGAACUCGUUGCCGAUAUGUUGAGAGUCACGCCGCUGACUGAUUAUCAGGCGUCAAAAGAAGCAGUGUUAGCUCAACUGCCGCAAGCAGAAUGUAUCCACUUUGCUACUCACGUGUGCUGGAAAACUCCUGGCAUCGUGCUCAGCCCUGGAGAAGUGGUGGAUUCACAAGCAAAACGAUUAUUGAAUACCAGCGUUGGAAGCAAUGCUGCUGACACUUCGACAGAAAAUGAGGAAGAACAUGCUGAACUACCACCCAGUAAUGAGGAAUUACCGCCCGCUUCGGAGUUUAUAUUAACAGCGUCAGAAAUAAUGAACUUGAAAUUAACAGCUAGAUUGGUGGUGGUGUCCUGCGCGGCGAGCAGCUCGGUGCUGCAGGAGGCGGAGGAGCGCGGCGCGGCGGCGGCGGCGGGCGCGGGCGUGUCGCGCCUGUGCCGCGCGCUGCUGGCGGCCGGCGCGCAGGCCGUGCUGCUGGCGCUGUGGCCGCCGCCGCAGGACACCGCCGCCAAGAUACUCUACAGGGCGCUCUACUCCGCGCUCUUGCAGGGCAGCCGCGUCGCCAAGGCGCUGGGAGACAGCAUGCAGACGGUGCGGCACACGAAGCACUUCGCGCACCCCGCGCACUGGGCCGGCUGCGCGCUCGUCGGCGCCAACGUGCGCCUCAGCAACAAGGUGGCGCUGCUCGGGCAGGCGCUCUGCGAGCUGCUCGCCGCGCCCGACCGCUGCCGAGAUGCCUUACGAGUAUGCCUUCACCUUGUGGAGAAGUCACUCCAGCGCAUUGUGCGCGGACAGAAAAACGCAAUGUACACCACGCAGAAGAGUAUCGAGAACAAGGCCGGUCCCGCUACGGGCUGGCGGGAGCUUCUCAUGAGUGUUGGCUUCAGAUUUGAACCAGCGGCUAACGGUAUCCCAUCCAGCGUAUUCUUCCCACAAAGUGAUCCCGAAGAGAGACUCACACAGUGUUCAGCCAGUUUGCAAGCUCUUUUGGGUCUUAGCUCAACAACGUUACUAGCUCUAUCAAAGCUAAUAUCGAACGGCGACGUCGCUGACGACAUCAUUGGAGUCAUUCGUUCCGUCAUCUCACAGUUUACGGUCAAGAAUUGUGAUACAGAUACUGUAGAAGUGGCUGUUAAUGUUAGAUUAUGGCGUGUCAACGGAUGUCACGAACUCCUCGCAUCUCUCGGGUUCGACCUAGCUGAAGUUGGGCAGGACGAGGUCACCCUGCGCGGUAAAGCGACCAACCGCAGGCACAUACAGUUCGUACUGCAGGCCCUACUCGCACUGUUUGAUACUCAAGAAGCACCUCGCAGCCUAAGCCUGGAAUCCAGUUCCAGCGUGGAGUCAUUAGCGUCUAUAGAUGACGGAGACCUCGAACCGCAUUCAGAUGGAGAGACCACGCAGCAUAGACAAGAGAAUAUGAGCUCAGUGCCGCCACCCCCGCUGCCGCUGGGCUCCUGUGGCGGCGCCUUCACCAUGUACGUGCGCGGCGCGGGCGAGGCGGGGCGCGGCGAGCCCGACGGCCGCACCGCGCCGCCCCCGGCUCCCCUGGCCGCCGCGCGCGACGCGCUCGCGCAGGUGCGCCACAUGAGCGGCGAGCUCACCCCCACCAUCUCCGAGGUGUACCACGAGCGUAACAUAGGCCUGGGCCUCGCCCCACCGCUCGCCGAGCUGCUCCUCGCUGAGGACUCGAAGACGGAGAUGAGGGCGGCCAGCUCCAGCGAAAACUUGUUGCUGCAAAACUUGGAGAAGCUGGGUCUGCUGGGCGACCCGGGUGAGAAUGAGGAACGCUGGUGCAGCAACAACGCGGCGAGGCCCUGGUUGUCCGCCGCGCCGCUGGAGACUGACGUCCAAGGAUCCGAUUUAACUACGGCAGAAAUUAUUGAGAGACAGGCAAAGUUCAAGAAAGAUGUGGAACCCAAAAGAAAAGAAGAAAAUGUCUACGAUUUAAAACCUAAAGAGGAGACUCCGGGCCCCAGCGGGAUCGAGAAGCGAUCAGUGUCUCCCUUCUCAGAACUUUCCAGAAGAGAUGAGGGUGACGGCCGUAGUAUCGCCGACUCCCAUUCUUCCUACAAAGCCUUAGUUCUGAACCCGCGGCCGCCAUACUUACCCGAGGAAGGUGAAACCAGCAUCAGCAAACCCACAGAGGGAGGAAAAACUCACCCGCGAGUUCGACGCCCUCCCGUUCCUAGAACGAGACCUACGUAUACUACUCUUGAUUUUCCACCGAAUAAAUGAUUGGAACGUGCCCAUUAUUUAAUUGAUAUAGGACAUUUUUAGAUUUAAAAUAAAUUAUAAUAAUUUGUUUGUAUUGGCUAUGAUAUUCCGUCCGUGAUUAAAAUUAAAGCUGCUGUAAAAAGUAUAUUUAACUUGAUCUUAAUUAUCGUGUAUAAUGUGUCACAAUUCGCAAGUAACGUUUAUUUAUUAUUUUAUUUGUAUUUUUUUAUACACUUUCUUGCCCUUAUAUUGUAAAAUUAUUAAGUCUGUA